AUGCUGCUUCCGAUGUUGUCCCGCCUCUGACGGAGGGGCAGCCGGGGCUCCGGCACGUGCUGGCGGGGUGACCCUGGGCCAGUCACCUCCCCCUGCGGGCCUCCGUUUCCUCAUCAGUGAAAUGAGCCAGACGUGGGGUCCCAGGGAGUCAGGCGGUGGCAGAGCUCCUGGGGAGACUGGGGGGUCCAGGAGCCCCCCCGGGGCCUGGCACCCGCAUGUGGCCGCUGCCGCUGUGAUUCAGGCUGGGCGGGGGGCCCCGGUGCCCAUUCUUGGCCUCACUUCCAAGGGGGCACCUCUGGAGCUCUGGCCCCGGGGCCGAGGGAAGACCACCAGGCGGCCUGCUCUGGGCUGGAAGGAGAUCCCGAGACUGGAUGGGGGAGGCCUAGAUGGGGCAGGGGGUCCCCCCUUCUGUCCUGGGGCAGGCUGGGCCCCCGUGCCCACAGCCUGUUCCUGUCUGUCCUUCCCAGGGAUUUCUGGAGCCCGGCCGCCCUGGGCCCCCGGGAUUGCCAGGUUACCAGGGACCCCCCGGAGUGAAGGGCGAUAAGGGAGAGGCGGGACCCGCGGGGCCACCAGGGAUCCUGCCCUUUGACUUCAGCACUUUGGUGGAGCACAUGAAGGGGGAGAAGGGAGAUGGAGGCGUCAAAGGGGAAAAGGGCGAGCCUGGCACUGGCGGGUUCUUCAGCUCCGGAGUCCCGGGCCUGCCCGGCCCCCCCGGGCCCCCUGGGUACCCUGGCGUCCAGAGGCCUCCCGGCCUAAAGCUGCCCGCCUGUGGCACCUUGCUGGGCACUGCGGGCGGCACCCUGAAAGAGUGGGAUUGUGGGAGCAUCCCGCCCGGUGCGGCCACUGCUCAGGGCCCUCUGCCAGGCCCCGAGUCCGCCCAGCCGCCUUGGCCACGGCGCCCCUCUCCGAGGCCUCCUGCCGGGCGGGACGCGGCUGCGCGGCUGCUCCCCAUCCAGGCUGUCCCUGUGGGCGCUGCUCAGGGCCUGCCCGGUGCCGCCGCUGUGCCCUGGCACGUGCCCACCCGGCCCCGCCAAGGCCCG